GUCCCCCUCCUCUGAGACUGCCGUCAGAGUGUCUCCGCUGAAGAACCUGAGAGAAGGAAGACAGAGGCAGGCAGCAGGUUCUGCACGCAGGUGAUACGGAAUGCCACAGACAAUCAGUGAGAGUGUGAGAUGUGGACAGAACCAAACUCAACCACAGUGUGAGAAGAUCAAACAUCCUCCUCCUCCUCCUCCUCCUCCUCCUCCUCCUCCUCCUCGUCAGACCAGGGACAUGGUAUCACCACCUGCCUCAGGAAGUCAGUGUUGGAGCAGUAUGGAAGACAUAAGGCAGAAGCAAGAGAGACCGUCAGUGCUGCGUCAAGUUUCCCAAACAGCUUCCAGACAACACCACGAGGUGGAUGCAGGCCGUCUUUCCCAGUCCUCUCUGCCACAGAUGAGCUCCUCUCUCAUGCAAAGCCUUCACUUGCUCCCUUUGAGGGGAGACGGUCCAAAGCAGAGCUCCAUCGAGGCCAGGCUCCAUGAUCGCAGCCCUGAGGAGACCAGUGCUCUGUUCGUGAGUGGCAUCUGCCGCUGGCCUGGCUGUGAUACAGUGUCUAAAGAUUUCCCCAGCUUCUUAAAGCAUCUCCACUCUGAACACAGUCAUGGUGACAGGAGCAUUGCUCAGUGGAGGGUCCAGCAGGACAUUGUUCAGUGCAUGGAGAGUCAGCUCAUCCUGGAAAAACAGAAACUCAUUGCAAUGCAACUUCACCUCCACCUGUCCCAGCACAAACACAGUGAUCUGAAGGCUGUUUCCCAGUGGCCAUACACCCUUCCUCUGUUCCUGCCACAGCCUCAGGUGUCAGAUGGAGACAGAGUGCAGCAAUGGUGCAUUAGACAUGCAGAGGAGUUGUCCCAGCAUGGCUACACAGCUCCUUCUUCUGCCAACCUUCUGCCAGAUUUGGUCCCCAGCAUCGAGUGUUACAAAUACAACAACAUCAGGCCUCCGUACACCUACGCCUACUUGAUCAGAUGGUCUAUCUUGGAGUCUCCAGACAAACAGCGCACUCUGAAUGAGAUUUACACCUGGUUUACCACCAUGUUCUUCUACUUCAGACACAACACUGCCACCUGGAAGAAUGCAGUGCGUCACAACCUCAGCCUACACAAGUGCUUUGUACGAGUGGAGGGAGGAAAGGGAGCUGUGUGGACAGUGGAUGAAACCGAGUACCAGAGGAGGAAAGGACAGAAGUAUCACAGGGACUGUCCUGUCAAGUGGCUCACAUCCUACUCCCAUCACUGUCCAGAGGAUCACUGAACACCAGCAGGUGGCAGCACUGAGUUGCUGGAUCAUAUCCAUGUGAAGUGCUAAUGAAGAACUGAAAACAUUUGUUGACAUUUGUAUUUUCUGUUAUUUUCAAAUGGCUUGUUAAACGUGGUUGUGCUGUUUGUUACGUAAAUGUGGUUUGUUCACAUU